UUACAUAUGAGGCCAUGAGAGCCAGAGUGGCCUAACUGACAUUUUUUCAAAACCAAUUUUAUUUGACAAAAAAUAUGCAAACGAUAUCUUAUAGCGCCACAAUGGCCUAAAAAUAGUUUUAAAAGCAUCCCAGAGAUGGCGUUAUGAUCAACCAUCUUUGCCUAUUUGAAUUUUGCAAAGUUUAGUAGUGCUAUAAUGGCCUAAGUGAGAUAGGCCAUUUUUGCACUAUGGCAACACAACAUCUUGACGUUUAGGCCAAAUUGUCAAUUUUUAAUCUAUGAUGAUCAGCUGUGAUUUGCUGUUAUUUAGUUUUUGUUUUGUUGUUAGUGUCUGCUAAUUAAAAUGGAUAAUAUGGAAGCAGGAACCUCUGGUAAUGUAGAAAAGACAAUGCAAGAAAUCUUCGGCGUGGAUGAGGACGAUCCCUAUCAAGAUUCAGGCUCGGAGUAUUUGCCAACAAGGUCGCCAUCGCCAGCUGACGUGGAUCUACUGGACAUUUUGGAUGCAGAAAACCAGUCCCCAAAUGUCGCUCAUCCCACUGCAAGCCCAGAAAAUACCGAAGAGCAAUGUAAGCCAAGAAAGCGACUACGACAGCCAAGUAAGUGGAAAAAAAAUAUCCGCAAGGAGAAACGUGCUAAAGGAGAGGAAUAUGUAAAUACAAAAGGUAACACUGUCCCUUCGAAAAGUAUAAACACAGAUAUACCAUGUAAAUGUGCACAGAAAUGCCAUGAUAAAAUUAAUUCUGAACAGCAAAAAGAACUCUUUAAUAGAUUUUAUGCUAUGGAAAAUUUUGAUUUGCAGUCAUCUUACAUCUUUUCAUUAGUGAAAGUGUUACCUAAAAAGAGAUCCUCUAUUUCCACGAAUGGCCAACAAACUGAUUCUAGACGCUCCAAUACCAGGGUGUAUACAAUGCCGAAUUCUGAAGGAUUGUCCACUACGGUAUGUAAGGAAUUCUUCAAAAAAAUAUUUGCAGUAUCUGAUGGAAGACUAUCCAGAGUUUUAAAAAGGAAACUGUCCAUUCCUACACCACCCAUUGAUGCAAGGGGAAGGCAUGCCCCUGUCAAUAAGACAAGUGAAGAAAAGAUUCAACGCGUCAAAGAAUUCAUUGAUAAAUUCCCGAAGUAUGAAUCACAUUACACACUACACAAGAGCACGAACAGAAGAUUCUUAGCGCCGGAUCUAAGUUUGCCGAAAAUGUAUGCUCUUUACUGUAAUGAUACUCCAGAGUCAGAAAGGGUUUCAGAUUUUAUGUUCAGAAAAGUAUUUAAUCAACACUUCAACCUAUCAUUUCAUGCCCCUAUAUCUGAUUCUUGCAAAAAAUGUGACAACCUUAAGAUUAAGAUAGAUGCAGCUAGUUCACAAGAAGCAAAAGAACAAUUUGAGUUACAGAAAAAGGUACACCUUGCAAAAGCUGACUCAGCAAAAGACAAUUACAAAAUAGAUAAAAAUCUUGCUAAAGAAGAUACAGACGUUACUGUAAUCGUAUUUGACCUCAUGAAAACAUUACCUACUCCAGUAAUAUCAACUGGAGUGUGUUAUUAUAAAAGGCAGCUAUGGACAUACAACUUAGGCAUACAUGAUGCUGCAACUGACAUUGCGACGAUGUGUGUAUGGGACGAAACAGUAGCUUCGAGAGGGCCUCAGGAAAUAGGGUCUUGUUUAUUGCGUUACAUAAAAGAAAACGUCAAGACUAAAACAUUGAUCUUAUAUUCUGACCAAUGUGGUGGCCAGAACAGAAAUAUAAAAAUGGCUACUCUUUGUCAAUAUAUUACUAGUCAUCCAAACUAUGUUGUAGAAAAAAUAGACCAUAAAUUUUUUGUAAGUGGUCAUUCUUACUUGGCAUGUGAUCAAGACUUCGGAUUGAUUGAAAAACAGAAAAAAUUCUUUAAGGAUAUUUUUAUACCGGACGAUUGGAUUAAAGUUAUAAAAGCUGCAAGAAAGAAGAAUGCUUUUAAAAUUAUGAAAAUGACAACAGAUGAUUUUGUUUCAACGAAAAAACUUGAAAAUAAUAUUACCAAUCGGAAGGUCACUGCAGAGAAAUCAAAAGUAAAGUGGCUGAGUAUUCAGUGGCUUCUUUACCACAAGAUCCACCCAUUUUCAAUAUUUUUUAAAUAUUCAAAUAAUCCUGAGGUCUUAUUUGAAAACGUUAACAUUAAGAAAAGGAAUUCCAUCAAUAUUGCUGACUUGGAGCUAGACCUUCUUUAUCCCUUGGGAAAACAAAUUAGCGUGGAGAAGAAAAAGGACUUGAUAGAACUUCUGCAAUACAUUCCCCCAGUAUAUCAUGACUUUUAUAAUAACAUAAAAGCAAAUGCAUCAGCACCGAACGAUCUGUAUGUGGGAGAGGAAGAAGUGGAUAGUGAUUGAGUGAGCAAGAAAUGUUUAAAAUUUAAUUAUCCUUACAAUAAUAGACACCCCUACUUCACUCAAUCACCUGCUGAGUGAUAAAGUGUGGUAAGGAUGUCUAUAUAUAUGUCUAUCUUAAUUAUUUUUUUCUUAAUUAAUAAAUAGUUUGGCUUAA